UCAGUCAACCCGAGCCGUGAGAAAAAUGUGAAAAAAUAAAUUGCGUGUGUUUUGAAUUCGCCUACAGUCGGUCAGUUUUUCGAAUUUUUACCGUGACAAAGUGCUCCAAUCGUCGCCGAAAAUCGUUGCAAACUGCGCAUCAAUGGCUCUGGAACCGUUUGCAUGUUUUAUGGAUGUGGAGAAUUCCCGUUCCUACAUCGACGAGCUUUACUCGGAUGACAUCUACAAGUGCCAGGAGGCGAUCGUGUGCCUGAAAAAUGCCGUCAUCGGGUCGAACAAAAAGAAAGGCUCUGUCAUUUCACAGGGCAUCGUUCCGCGGUUAAUCUCCCUGCUGCGCGAUGAUACGAAAGAUCCAAGCCUGCAGCUGGAUGCAGCCAUCGUCAUCGGGUCGCUAGCCAAGGGAACAGAAUCUCAGGUGCAUUCGUUGAUCUACUACGAAACUGUCCAGGUGCUGUUGAAUAUCGUGCUCAAUCCAGGCACGGAUCGGCGUCUCAUGGAAACCUGCUUGGGGGCGUUGAAAACGAUUCUCCAGUAUCCGUUUGCACCGAUCGAACUGCUGCACUGCAACAUUGGUAAUCUGGUGCGAUUGAUACAGUUGGCUUCACCAAGCAGCUCUAUCCAGUGUCAGGUGUACGUGGCAAACAUCUUUGUCCCGCUCUGCCACUCGUCCCACCAGCAGAAGAAUCUCUGUCAAGCUAACGUGAUUCCGUUCCUCGCACGGCUGAUGACGACCCAGCAUACGAUCCUACAAGUACCUGCCCUCAAGUGUCUCGCGGCCAUGUGCUUUACAAACAAGUACGUGUCGGACAUUGUGUGUAUGACCUGUCACGAGGAACGCUCGAUUCUGGACAUUCUGACCGGUCUGCUUUCACGAACCCGUGACGUGCAGAUUCAGCUCUCGGCUAGUCGCUGUCUAACGUAUCUGCAUCGGUCGGGAUCGCUGCGGGCAGAUGACUAUAGGAUCGUCUACAAAACAUUACCCAGUUUGGCACGGCUCUGUUCGGAAGACUUUGACGAGGAAACCCGUGCAACGGCCGCCGAAACGUUGGCUUAUCUGGCAGAGAUCGACUCGGAACUGCAACGGCUAGCGGCCAUCAGUAACCAUCUAAUUUGCUCGUUGGCGAAUUUGAUUCGAUGUCCAUCACCACUGUCGCGACAGGGAGCUUUCCGAUGCUUUGCCUCGCUGGCAGCAAACGACGAGGAUAUCCGUAAACGAAUUAUCGAAAUGGACGGACUGAUGGAGGAAGUGCUGAAUGGAUUGAAGGACACUUGUCCGGAGGUAAGAACUCCCCAAAUUCAACCAACUCACUCACUCAAUCGAUUGCAAUCUAUACCGAAGGUACGACUUUCCGCCGUCCGGUGUCUACAUUCGCUGUCGAGGUCAGUGCAAUUAUUACGGACAACGUUCCAGGAUCAUUCCGUAUGGCGCCCGUUGAUGGAUUUGCUCGUAGGCGAACCCUCGCUAGAACUGCUUACGGUGGUAACGUCGACUAUCUGCAACCUGCUGUUGGAAUUCUCCCCCGCAAAGGAACCCAUGCUCGAUUCCGGAGCGGUGGAAAUGCUGUGCGAACUGACGAAGCACAGUGAUCCAGCACUGCGACUCAACGGCAGCUGGGCGCUGAUGAAUAUGGCUUUCCAGGCCGAACAAAAAGUCAAAUCCAAGAUCAUCGACACGCUGGGGACGGAUAGGAUAUUUCAAUUGUUAAGCGAUUCGGAUGAACGGGUCAUCAUGAAAACCCUUGGGCUGUUGAGGAACCUGCUGAGCAAUACGUUGCACAUCGAAAUCAUCAUGUCGGAGCAUUCGUCGGAGGUGCUGAGGGCGGUGAACCUAGUGCUCGAUGGACCCCAUCCGCCCGAGGUGAAAGAGCAAGCUUUAAUAAUCAUAAGUAACAUUACGGCCGGUGCGCGUGAUAAGGACUACGUCAUGGAGGACGAAAACAUCAUCAAGAAGAUACGCGAAUUUUUGGUCGUAUCGGACAAUAAGCUACAGAUGGGCGCCGUGUUUGUGGUGCGGAACCUGAUGGAGAAAGGUGGCCGGCAGAAGAUGCUCCGCGAGUCCGGCAUUCUGGAGAAUCUGGAACAGCUGCUGCACAUGACGCCCCGUGAUUCGCAAUUUUACGAAGACAUACGGCAGGAGAUUUUAAGGUUUGACUUCUCGGACGAUCACUGAAAGCCCUGAAUUGAGGCCGUUUCUCCACGUGGGCCACCAGAGGGAACCACCAUUUCCUGUGUUUGUGUUAGCAUCAUUGUUAUUGACGAGUUGUUGCGACUGUUUUCCCAUCUUGCGUGCUUGUGUUUGUGCUUGUUUGGGUGUGUGUGUGUGUGUGACUGGUAGAUAUGGAACGGUUAUGGUUAUCAUCAAAUUAUCCCUUUCGUUGCGCUGCGCUAUUCGGCAAUUUUUCUAAUUCUCGCUCAUUCUACCUCUGUAACCAAUGCGGUAACCGUUACAUAUUACGCUAAAUAAGCGGUUGGAAACAAUUCGGACGAUAGAGAAGGUGUGUUGUGCGAACCAAUACAGUAACGUUGCGAUGGGAUGUUUCAAAAGAUCAUGCUGGGAGUGAGUUCCUGCCUUAGAAGGGCAACGGUGAAAGUAUCGAAAUCUGUUUGUAUAUUUUCUUUGCAUGGCAAGUGACUAACGGAUAGGACUGCAAAGUUUGUUAAGUUUAUUCUAAUUUUAUUAAUUUAUUUAAACACAAGUUAGUGUGCGUUUUGACUGGCUUGGCGAUGGGCUCGAGAUGCGGAAUCACGCGAUCACGUGUUUCCUUGUAUAGCUUUUAGGUUCGUAUUUGAAAAUUUCUUUUGUAUAAAAUAAAUCUACUGAUUUCGUAUUAUAAUAGUAGUAAUCUAGUGCCCUCGGCCAAUGUUAUGUAGGAAGAAGGGAGAAAGUGACCGUAGGUGUAUAAUAGGAGACAGUGAACAACUGGAGAUUAUGAAUGUAAAUAUUUCAUUAAACUAUGUGACUCAGAAACUGUAUCGAAACAAAUACCAGUCCUUGUAAAGUUGCAUACAAGUCACAUGGAUCCUAUUCGGAUCCGAAUCAGAAUAGGAGCGAUGGUGGGAAAUCCAUUUCCAUGAAGGAACGAAUAAGAACUGAUGAUCAAGUGUGGGAGAAAGUAUGAGAGAGAAAAAAGGGACAGGCUCUUCCAGUGUAAUGGAAAUAAAACUACAAGACAUACAGUGUGUGGCGUCAAAACGCAUUUAUACAUAGCUACCAACCAACAAUUGUAAAAAAAAAAACUAUUGCGAAAGGACGCAAUUUUCCGCUUGUUUCACGCAACGAGGAUGCCAAAAUCACCUGAUGACAGUAAGCGACGACAACGGCUUACCAGAAAUUGACAAAACAAUGUUAAACGCGAGCGAAAGCAAGGUGAAUUUUCAGACUAAAUUGCGUACUGUUGUAAAGAAAAAUUAUAGAUCUUAUAAAAUUUAUUCCAUA